GGCCUUAAAACGUAUUCGUUCCCUGGUGCCUCGCCAAACCCUACUGAAAAUGUAUGAUGCCUUAGUCGCUCCUUAUUUUUGAUUAUUGCUCCGAAGUCUGGGGAUGUAUGGGAAAAGGUCUGUGUGACCGACUCCAGAGAUUGCAAAAUAGGGCUGGGAGAAUUAUAACAUUUAGUGAUUAUAAUACAAGAUCUGCGGAUAUCCUCCAAGACUUGAGAUGGGAUACCCUUGAGCAAAGACGCUCUAAACAGCUCGCAAUAAGUGUUUUUAAAUCUCUAAAUAACCUUUACCCUGAGAGUUUAAAGAACAUGUUUAAACCAACCUCUGGGGUUCAUUCCUACAACGUGCGAGGUGCCUCAAACAACAUUUUUGUACCAAGGCCCCGUACUGAAGCUGCUAAGAGGGCCUUUAGCUAUAGGGGAGCAGUCAUG